AAACCUCUGGCAGAGGGAAGGAGGAAACCGGGCGGCAGCUGGGAGAUAUGAGCAGUGCCGAGGAGGACUACAACUUCGUCUUUAAAGUGGUUCUGAUUGGGGAAUCCGGCGUGGGCAAAACCAACCUGCUGUCCCGUUUCACCCGCAACGAGUUCAACCACGACAGCCGCACCACCAUCGGCGUGGAGUUCUCCACCCGCACCAUCCUGGUGGGAGACGCCGCGGUGAAGGCACAGAUCUGGGACACGGCCGGGCUGGAGCGGUACCGUGCCAUCACCUCUGCGUACUACCGUGGGGCUGUGGGUGCUCUGGUCGUCUUUGACAUCACCAAGCACCAGACGUACGACGUGGUGGAGCGCUGGCUGAAGGAGCUCUAUGACCACGCCGAGGCCAGCAUCGUGGUCAUGCUGGUGGGCAACAAGAGCGACCUGGCGCAGGCGCGGGAGGUGCCCACGGAGGAGGCGAAAAUGUUUGCAGAGAACAACGGGCUGCUCUUCAUUGAGACGUCGGCGCUGGACUCCACCAACGUCGAGCAGGCGUUUGAGACCGUCCUGAAGGGUGGGUGCCAGGGAUGCUCCGCGCCUCCCCUCCGCCCUGCCCCACCCGAGCUCCCUGCCCGGUUUCGGUGUCGUCUUUCUGGCUGGUUGGGUUUCCGGCUCUUUGUGCUGGGCGUUCCGCUCUGGUUUCAUCGCCGGGGCCCCGGGCGGCACCACGGGCGCCUUCCCCCCUGUAAUCCACGGUCUGGGUCCGGAUGUGCCGCGGGAGCUCCUGACUCAGUGUCUCCAGCACUCUGCAGAGCAACCCGCAGGGAUGAGGGGCAAAGCUGAGCUGGGAGCAUCUCCCAGGAAUGGAAACGUAGGGCAGGGGCACCUCAGGGUGCGCUGUGUCCUGCCGUGCUCUGCCAUGCUGUGCUGUUCC